AUGAGUCCAUUGGAAGCUCAACAUAAAGAGCCCAUCGCAUUGAUCGGCAGUGGCUGUCGCUUCCCUGGUGGUGCAAGCAACCCCUCUCGUCUCUGGGAACUACUGAAAUCUCCCAGAGACUUGGUGAAGAAAGUUCCCAAAGAAAGAUUUAAUGUAGACGGCUAUUACCAUCCUGACGGAGCUCAUCAUGGCCGAACAAAUGCACAAUAUGCAUACUUUCUCGAAGAAGACCCGUACGCGUUUGAUCCAGGCUUCUUCAAUAUUUCUCCCCACGAAGUCGACACAAUCGAUCCUCAACAGCGCCUCCUUUUGGAGACCGUCUAUGACAGCCUCUCAUCGGCGGGACUCAAGAUGGAGGAUCUUCGAGAUUCUCCUACUGCCGUCUACGUGGGAUUGAUGCAGCGAGAUUUUUUGGAUAACUCCAACUACGAUUUGGAUGCACUGUCCACAUACGCGGCCACCGGAGCCGCGGCGUCCAUUCUUUCCAACAGGGUCUCGUACGCAUUUGGCUGGCAUGGCCCAAGUAUGACGAUCGAUACCGCGUGCAGCUCAUCUCUCGUUGCCGUUCACCUUGCUGUGGAGCAGCUUCGAACAGGAGCAAGUCAGGUCGCUGUUGCAGCCGGCUCGAAUCUAAUCCUGGGUCCAACCCCCUUUGUCACCGCGAGUAAGCUCAACAUGUUCUCACCUACUGGCCGUUCUCGGAUGUGGGACGCCGCAGCGGACGGCUACGCCAGGGGUGAAGGCAUUGCCGCUGUCGUGCUCAAGACCCUCAGGCAGGCAAUCGCAGAUGGUGAUACCAUCGAAUGUGUCAUACGCGAAAGCGGCAUCAAUCAAGAUGGCAAGACUCCUGGCAUCACAAUGCCGAGUCCUGCAGCACAAGAGGCACUUAUUCGACAAGUAUACCAAUCGGCAGGUCUCGAUGUCACAAAGCCCGAGGACCGCUGUCAAUACUUCGAAGCCCAUGGAACGGGCACUCAGGCAGGAGAUCCCCAAGAAGCCUGUGCCAUCUCGUCUGCUUUCUUCGGCGAUAGACAGCGUGCUGUCGACGAAGACCCCCUGUAUGUGGGCAGUAUAAAGACCAUCAUCGGUCACACCGAGGGUACGGCAGGGGUCGCUGGCCUAAUUAAAGCAUCACAGGUCAUACAGCACGGCCUUCUCCCACCAAACAUGCUAUUCAACGAGCUGAAUCCGAGAGUGGCUCCGUUUUAUUCGGAUCUGCAGGUCGUCACAGAGCCACGGGCCUGGCCUGCGCUCAAGUUCAAUCAACCACGACGUGUCAGUGUCAACUCGUUCGGAUUUGGUGGGACCAAUGCUCAUGUGAUUGUGGAAUCGUACGUUCCUGCCUCGAGGUUGGCACUGGAGCAAGCACCAACGCCUUGCCUGGCCCCAAUUGUGCUGUCCGCAAACUCUACUGCCUCACUCAAAGCUGCCAUGGACGACCUCAAACAAAGUCUAAUCAGUCAGCCGGAACUCCAGAUGCGCGAUCUGGCCUGGACACUACUGAAUAAGCGGUCGGUCCUCCCAGUCCGCCAUACCAUCCAAGCAAAAACCGUGCCAGCACUUUGCGAGGCUCUCAGCCGCGCUGCGUCUUUGGUAUCGGGAAAGCAAGCCGCCGCCACGAUAUCGGACGUGAAGAGAAAACCUCAAGUUCUUGGUAUUUUCACUGGACAGGGUGCUCAGUGGCCAGCCAUGGGAAAGGUCCUGAUUUCUGGGGUCGCAUACGCACGAAGUAUCAUUUCAGAGCUUGAUGACAGCCUUCAGACCUUGCCAGACAAAUACCGACCUGGCUGGAGCCUCGUGGAUCAGCUUCUUCUCGAGGGCGAAGACUCCAAUGUGCACGAUGCUGCCUUUUCUCAACCGCUGUGUUGUGCGGUCCAGAUCAUGCUGAUUAACCUCCUUGAAGCGGCUGGGGUAACAUUCAAGGUUGUCAUCGGGCAUAGCUCAGGGGAGAUAGCCUGCGCCUUCGCUGCCGGCUUCAUAUCAGCGUCGCAAGCCAUCCGGAUUGCAUACCUCCGCGGGCUUAGCGCAGAAUACGCGGGUGGGCCAGAUGGUAUAGAGGGUGCCAUGAUGGCGGCGGGCACCUCUUUCGACGAUGCGAACGACUUGUGUGCGCUUGAGGCUUUCGAGGGUCGAAUGACAGUUGCAGCAAGUAAUGGCCCAGACACCGUCACGCUCUCCGGAGAUAAGGAUGCCAUCCUCGAGGCAUACGAUAUUCUUAUUGAUGAGGCGCGGUUUGCUCGAGUCCUCAAAGUUGACAAAGCUUACCACUCACACCAUAUGCGUCCUUGCGCAGAGCCGUACGUUGCCGCUCUGAAAGCUUGCGGGUGUGACACGUUUACCUCGCGCGCUGCGCCCCGAAGCACUAGCACUUGGCUCUCUUCCGUAUACGAAGGGAAGAUCAUGCGGCCCGAGGACCUUAGCGCCGAGUACUGGAAAGAGAACUUGCUCUCUCCGGUUCUCUUCUCUUCAGCAGUCGAGCUAGCAGUCCUAAAGCACACGCCCCUUGACAUUGGCAUCGAAGUCGGUGCUCACCCUGCGCUCAAAAAUCCGACCCUGCAGACGAUCCAAAACUGUACCGGUUCUGACCUCCCAUAUGUGGGCUGCAUGGAGCGGAAGAAAGACGACACGGAAGCUUUCUCCUCGUGCUUGGGAUACAUAUGGUCGCACUUCGGCUCAGCGGCGGUUGAUAUUGACAAGUUGUAUAGCAGCCUAUCCAUCAAUGCACACGUCCGUGAUGUGUCCAAGCAGCUUCCAAGCUAUUCCUGGGACCACUCGCGCUCGUACAGGAAGGAGUCCCGCGCGCUUCGCGCAUUGCUUGACGCAGAAAGACCUCAUCUGUUGCUGGGCAGGUUAUCGACCCACAGCACUCCGUCAUCGAUGCAAUGGCAAAACUUCAUCAAGCCACGGGAUAUUGAAUGGCUCGACGGUCACUCACUUCAGGGACAGAUUGUGUUCCCUGGGGCUGGUUACGUUGUCAUGGCUAUGGAGGCUGCCGUCAAGCUUGGUGGCGAGCGGAGCAUUCAGCUUUUGGAAGUUUUGGACCUCAAAAUUGACAAGGCUGUUACCUUCGAAGAUGAGAAUAGCAUGGUCGAGCUCAACCUCGGUCUUGACGUGGACCCGUCGCAGACUACGGAUGCAUAUGCCGUGUAUGGCUUCACCAUCAACUCGUGCCUGGCCAGAGAAACCGGACUCACUCGUUCAGUCACUGGCACACUCGCCAUCACUUACGGGUCAGCAACGCGCGAGGCUCUGCCAACCCCGCUGGAGGAACCCGCGCACCUCAAUGAUGUCAGCAUCGACCGGUUCUACCGCAUGCUCGACAAGGUUGGCUACAACUAUACCAAGCAGUUCCGUGGAAUCACCGUCCUCAGACGCGGCGACAACAAGGCGUACGGCACCAUCAACUUCCAUCGCUUGGAAGAUGGCCGCCGUAACAUGGUAAUCCAUCCCAGCACGCUCGAUGUGGCCUUUCAGAGCAUGAUUGGAGCGUAUUCUGUUCCUGGUGAUGGGCGUCUACGAUCUCUACUAAUUCCUACUGGAAUUGGUCGCAUCGCUCUGAACCCGUGGGCUGCCGAUCGGAUCAGUGCUUCAUCUAGUCAGGUAGACUUCAUCUCCACCAGUGUAGCAAGCGUUGGCACAAACAUGCAAGGUGACAUCGAGGUCUUUGACCCCGUGACCAAGGCAACGAUGCUCCACAUUGAGGGCAUUGGUUUCAAGCCCACGAUCCCGCCCUCGGCCGCAGACGACCAUGAAAUGUAUACCCAAUGGAGCUGGGGCCCUUUGAGUCCCGAUGCAUUGCUCGACGAGGUCGAGAGACACGCCACAGAGCAGGACAAGAAGGACGUGGCCGUCAUCGAGCGGAUAGCAUAUUGGUAUAUCAGAUUGGUCCUGGCCAAUGUGACGGUCGAGGAUCGGGAGAAAGCAAGCUUUCACUUCAAAAAAUAUAUCCAGUGGUGUGAAUACGUGCUCACGGAAGCCCAAGCCGGUCGCAAUGUAUGGUACACACCAGAUUGGGAUAAGGAUACAAGUGCCGACAUCGAAGUCAUGAUUCGAGAGAAUAUAUCCCAACCGUUCGUCCGUCUCAUUCAGAGAGUUGGCGAAGGUGCCCUAGACAAAUUUCGCAACGAUGAGAACGCCUUCGAUCUCCUGGACCACGACGGCCUGCUCACCGAGUUCUACAGCGGGGAAGUGAGUUACGGCCAGUCUUACUACUACUAUCAACGACUCCUGGAGCAAAUGAACCACCGUCACCCGAACAUGGACGUUCUUGAAGUUGGAGCGGGCACAGGAGGAGCGACACGAUUAUUCCUGAACCACGAUCGGCUCUCUUUCAACAGCUACACCUUCACCGAUAUUUCCCGCACCUUCUUCGAGCCAGCCGCCAAAGAGUUUGAGCGACACGCCGACAAGAUGGACUUCCAAGCCCUUGAUAUCCGCCGGCCUCCCAGCGAACAGGGAUUCAAGCCCCAUUCAUACGACUUGAUCGCAGCGUCCAACGUGCUCCACGCUACCCCCAACCUCGAAGAGACUCUGGCAAACGUCCGGUCUUUGUUGAAACCGGGCGGUCGGCUCAUUGUCAUUGAAAUUGCCCACCGCGAGCACACUCGUGUGGGGUUCAUCUUCGGGCUGUUUCCUGACUGGUGGUCCGGUCAUGAUGACGGCCGUGUGCUGGAGCCUUUCAUUCCCUAUGAGGGAUGGGACAAAAUAUUGAAGAGGACCGGGUUCUCUGGCAUUGACAGCCGCUCUCUCGAUCCGGACAGUACGACUUUCCCGAGCGGCGUGUUCCUCAGCCAUGCUGUCGACGACUUCGUCGCGAAGCUGGAUUCUCCCCUGACUGCCCCGCUCGAGGACGGUGUUGGGCCACUGAUUGUCGUCGGAGGUUCUUCCCCAAAGACAGCCGAGCUCGUGGCUCAACUCGCCGGCAUCCUACCGGCACGCAAAUGGGACACGGUCCCCAGCCUCCGAGACAUCAUCAACUUUGACUUACAUCCAGGGUCGACAUUCAUCGUGCUCUCGGAGCUUGAUGAGCAUACCUUUGCAGGCUUGGACGACGAAAAGUUCGACGCCUUACAGACCAUCUUCAACGCUGCUCACCAUGUCUUGUGGGUGACUGAAGACGCUUGGGUGGAGAAUGCCCAGCAAGCCAUGACCAUCGGCCUGCUUCGUACAUUGCGCCACGAAUAUCCCGACAUUCAGAUCCAAGUGCUGAAUGUUGACAACGUUCGAGAUCUGGAGCCGCGUUUCCUGGUCGAGACUGUACUUCGUCUGGAACAUGGCGCAAAGUGGGAAGACAGCGGUCUUCUAUGGACACAGGAGCCCGAGCUGUACUUGUCUGGCGGCAAGGUCCUGAUCCCUCGUCUCAAACGCGACGUAGACCGGAACAACCGACUCAACUCUGGCCGCCGUCCCAUCCUGGCCGACCUGGACCCCCGCAAAGAGAUUCUGAGCUUAGAAUACGAUGAAGGGACGCCCAAGCCUUUCUUCGGAGUCCAUGUGGAGCGGUUUGUACCCUUGUUCCCCGACGAGACCUCGGUGAAGGUCCAGGUGCAGUUUUCGCUCGCCCAGGCUCUCCGUAUCGGCCGACUUGGGUUCUAUCAUCUGAUUCAGGGCCACGUCGCCGGUGCCGAAGAUACGAUCGUGGUGGCCUUGUCGGACAGGAACGCUUCCCAAGUCCGAGUGCUUUCUCACCAAGUUAUCCAUGUUGGAAAUAGAGCAGAGUGGGCCAAGUCAUCGCUCCUGGGGGGCCUCUCGGCCAACAUUGUCGCCGUCACUCUGAUGUCGGACCUCGUCUCAGGUGCUGACAUGCUCGUCUUUGACCCUCCAAGCUUUUACAUCGAGAGUCUGCGCGAUCAAGCCGCGGCUGCGGGUAUCUCCCUGACAUUUGCUUCCACCAAGGCCGCGCCCAGCGUGGGCGGAAUCCGGUGGGUUCAUCUACACCAAAGAGAGACCGAACGAAGCCUGCGCCAGAAGCUGCCAACGAACAUUUCGGUGCUAUACGAUUUGGUUGCCGAUCCAAACCCGGCAAGCUUGGGUCGCCGACUGGUCAGAUUCCUUCCACCCAGCUGCUCAAUCCGCCGGCCCGACCACCUGUUCCAGAACGGUGCGACACCAAUGACUGGGUUGAACUCUCUAGCAGCGACGCAGAUCCUCGCCGAUGCUGUUGAAACCGUGCACAAAUGCAACGAUAUCGACAAGAUGUCUGUCCCUGUUCUCACUGGCCAUGAAGUUUUGUCUUCCAAGAGUGCUCCUGAGUUGAAUGCCCUGAUCGACUGGGCAACAGACGAGCUCAUUACCAGUCGCAUCCGACCCAUUGAGUCGGACGACCUCUUUGUAGGAGACAAGACGUAUUUGUUGAUCGGUCUUGCCGGUGACAUGGGUCGUUCGCUCGCUCGAUUCAUGGUCGGGCGUGGCGCCCGCCAUAUCGUGCUGUCGAGUCGUGUCCCUCAGAUUGACCAACGUUGGAUCGACGACAUUGCUCAUUCGGGAGGGAGAGUCAUGGUACUUCCAAUGGAUGUCUCCAACGAAGCCUCGGUGGACAAAGGUCUGGUAGAGGUGCGUGCCUUGAUGCCUCCAAUCGCCGGCGUGGCGUUUGGACCGCUCUUGCUCCAAGACGUCAUGUUCAAGAACAUGGAGCUCCCGAUGACGGAGAUGGUUCUGGCACCCAAGGUCACCGGAGCGCGCCUGUUGAACGAACGUUUGUCUGAUCCGGCCAACCCGCUGGACUUCUUCGUUAUGUUCUCCUCUAUCGUGUUGGUGGUAGGGAACCCGGGACAAGCCGCAUACAGCGCGGCGAAUGCGUAUCUCCACGCUUUGGCCCAGCAAAGACGUGCUCGCGGCAUGGCCGCAUCGACCAUCGACAUCGGUGCUGUCAUUGGGGUCGGCUUCAUUUCCCGCGCCGGACGUGAGAACGAGACGCAAACCCGCAAGUUCCUCGCCGACGAAGUCAAAGAGUGGGAGCUCCAUUCCCUCUUCGCAGAAGCUGUGGUGGCUGGCCGAAACCGGGAGCUGGACGACGUGGAGCUGGUCACGGGCAUGGUACAUAUGGAUGACAAGGACCAGGAUCGAAUUCCCUGGUACAAUGACCCGCGCUUUGCCGCCUUCAAGCUGUCGGACCGUCAUACCACCGGCGACGAAGCCACUGGGGCGGUCGGAUCGCUCAAGGAUCAAUUGGCCAAGGCCGAAACCCUGGACCAGGUGCGCGCCAUCAUCCUCGCAGGCGUGUCUGGCCGAAUUCGAGGAGCCUUGCUAUUCGCGGCGACCGACGAGCUGAAUCUGACCGCGCCUCUGAUCGACCAGGGAGUGGAUUCUCUGAGCGCGGUGACAGUCGCCUCGUGGUUCGGCAAGAAUCUUAACCUCGACGUUCCUUUGCUGAAGAUUCUCGGCGGCGCCUCUGUGACCGACUUGGUGGACGAUGCUGUCUCCCGCUUGAGUCCCGACUUGAUUCCCUUGGUGGAUUCUACCUCUCUCGAGGAGACGGUGACGGUGCCAAUCAGCCAGGACCGGGACGUACCGCCGACUGCGCCGUCACCAUCACCAUCGACUGUCGGUACGUCCAAGUCCAAUGAGAGUUUUGCUUUCUCCAUCGAACGUGGGACAGAUAGUGGCAUACCGACGCCGCCCUCUCAGCCUUCUGAAGCCUCGGCCGACGACGGGUUCCAGCGGAUCGGACCGCUUUCGCUCAUGCAAGAGUACACGUGGAAGCAGAUGCAGCUCCCCCUGGAUCCGGCCACGUUCAACAGCACGAUUGGCAUGUACAUGCAAGGCCCUCUGGAUCUGAAUCGCCUCGACUGGGCUUUUGAUCAGGCUCUGCAGCGCAGUGAUGCAUUCCGCACAUGUUUCAUCUCUGAUCCGGAUCCAGACGCGAACCCGUCCUCGUCCUCGGUGCGACCGGUGCAAGCAAUCAUGAGAGCAGCCAGAAACUCGUUUCAAUCGGUGCGCGUGGCAGACCGGAACGCUGCCGACGAAGCAUUCAGGGACCUCCAGGGGGUCAGGUACGACCUCGAAAAGGGGGACACCCUCAAGAUCAUCGACUACUUCUGGACGCCCACCGAUCACCUCCUGGUCAUCGGCUACCAUCGGCUCGUCGGCGACGGCUGGACCACCGAACACCUUUUUAUCGAGGUAAGCCAGCUCUACAGCGGCCUCCCACUCCAACCCGAAUCCGCGCCCAGCUACCUCGACUACGCCAUCCGCCAGCGCACCCAGCUCACAUCAGGCGCCUUGGAUGCCGACCUCAACUACUGGGCCGACCUCUUUCAAACCCGACCACCCCGCCUGCCUUUGCUUUCCGUCUCCGUCAGCUCUCCCUCCAGCACCACCCAGCCAAGCCAGUCGUCCAACCCCGGCCCCAGCCCGGAAACACUCGACUGGACGUCGCACGAGGUCUCGGCACGGCUCAACCGCAUGGUUGCCGUGCGCAUCAAGGACCGCAGCCGCAAACGGCAAGUCAGCCCGAUGCACUUCUACCUGGCCUCGUUCCACAUCCUCCUUGCCCGCCUCACCGGCUGUGCAGACAUCACCAUUGGUGUUGCCGACGCCGGCCGGGCCUCGCUCAGCGACCAGGCCACGAUGGGAUUUUUCGCGUCUUAUCUUCCUGUACGCCUGACCUAUGACUCGGGGCACGUUUUCAACGAAGCGCUCAGCGCCACCAAAGAACAGAUGCGCGCGGCCCUCCUCCACAGCGCGGUUCCUUUGCCCGUCAUACUGGACCGUCUUGAACUGGGCGCCGCCGACGCCUCCCCCCAGGCGCCGCUCUUCCAGGCCAUCUUUGACUACAAGCAAGGGCAGACGGAAAGUGGCAGCAUUGGGCCGGCGAAGAUGGUCGACACCAACAUUCCACGGGCGGGGACUCCGUACGACAUCACGUUGCAAAUGGGGGAUGAUCCGAGCAAGGGAGAGCCGCUGAUUACGGUGAAGUUGCGAAAGGAGCGGUAUGGGGCUGGAGCGGCGGAGGCGGUGAUGCAGGCAUAUUUGUCCAUGCUGAACACGUUUGCGAGGAAUCCAGUGUUGAGGGUGACAGAUACGACGUUGGAGGGAGGUAGUGGUAGGGGUUAG